GUUGCGAAGUUGGUAUUAAGUUAACACGUCAGCUUUGCCUCUCUGAGAAUUAAUGGGAGCUAAAUAUCAUAUGCAGAUCUUUGAAGACCUGAGCUAUACAUUCUGAUGACAAAAUGUUCGGGUCAUCCCAAAAUCAGAUCGCGCUGCGCCAAAAUGCUGAACAGAUAGCAGCUAGCUUGCCAGCUAAGUGGAGCUGAUAUGAUACGCCGAUGUGAGUCAGUAACCAACCCAGGCUGAUUUUGUGUGUAUUUUUGUUGGCAGACACUGCGUGUCUAAAUAGUUAACCGUACAGACUGUGUAAUGCAGUGAAACGGGGAAGCAACAGAAGUUUAUUAGCUUGCUCAAUAAAGCUUUGUCGGUGACUCCUGAACACUAAGCUGUUUAACGCUGUUACAGAUCAGUCACAGCAAUAAUCGCAGUUAAUCGGCCAGUCGCACAUCAUUUGCCGUUUUCUCUGUGUGAUAUGUCAUCGCCGUCGCCGGUACAGAUCAGAGAAGCAAAUGCCCAUUUGGCUGCUUUGCACCGGCGAGUCACAGAGCUCGAGCAAAGGCUCGAGGCGGCGGAGAACACCGUUCGGGAACAGGCGGAGAGCCUCAUCAGGAAAGACGAACAGUUGAGAGCAGCCACGCAGGAAAUCACCGAGGCCAAAGACAGGGAGAUCUCCUAUCUCCAUGAGAAGCUUUGCCAGUCUGAGGAGACCAUCCAGAAACUUCAGCAGACAGUGAAGGAGAAGGACUCUGUGAUUGUUCAGUUACAGCAUCGCUGCCAACUCCUCGACAACAUCUGUAAGAACCGGCCUUUACUGGACAGCAUGUUAUCCCAGAUAGCAGAGGCUGAGCGAAUGGGCCCGGUCUUAGACCUGGGCAAACCUUCGUCGAACACCUCUCUGACAGACGCGGAGUCAAACUGCAGUCCAUCCCGCAUCUCCAACCAUAAAGACUUCUCUCUCAGCGAGGAUGACAUGGACGACCCCGAGUUUGAUGGUGUGGUGUUCGGGACGACUGUAUGAGAACGCCGGUCUCCGCGGCCUAAGGCUCUGUGGUUCUUUGAUGUGGCAUUUGAGGAUGCUAAUAUGUGGAAGUCACAUGUUU